AUGGGCAUGCUGAUCUGGUACAGGCGGCUCGGCUUGGCCGAGGGAGUCGCCCUGCCUCCGGGGGACUACAGCACCACGCCCGGCGGCACCCUCUUCGGAACCACGCCUGGCGGUACCCGCAUUAUUUAUGACCGCAAAUUUUUAAUGGCGUGCCGAAAUUCUCCAGUUGCCAAAACACCACCUUGCAAUCUUCCAGACAUUCCAGGUGUUACAAGUCCAAGUAUGGAUGAGCUCCAGACCGAGACCAACCUCAUCCCUGCUGAUGACGAGAAACCAGGCUUAGGUGAAGAAGCCCAGUUCGACAUAGAUAUCUGAAAUCUCUCCUCUGAGAAUAGUGGUGUUGUUUUAUUCCUGAUGAAGAUGAGAUACCAGUAACGCUUCCAGAAAUGAGAGAGGCUUAUAGAAUAGCCCACGCUAUGCAAAGCUUUUCAGGAGAAAAGGUUCAUCGUAUUUAAAAAAAAAAAAUGCUGGGAAGAAGAGGACAUUUCUUUCUGC